GGUUCUAGCCGCCGCCCUCUCGGUGGUAGGGCCUGUAGCAGCCCAGGCUCUGGGCGCCGCCAUGUCGGAGGCUCAGAACUCAAGCGGUGGCUGCGAGCACCUGAGCCCGCGCGCAAGCGAGGCCAACUACACCGGGCAGAUGUUGGAAGUGUGGCCGAAACUGUACCUGGGUGGGGCGGCGGCCGUCGCGAGGCCAGACCGGCUGAAGGCGGCGGACAUCUCAGCGGUUUUGACGGUGGACUCGGAGGAGCCCAGCUUCAAGUUGGGGGCUGAGGUCGAGGAUCUAUGGAGCUUCUUUGUGCCAGCGCUGGACAAACCCGAGACCGACCUGCUCAGCCAUCUGGACCGGUGUGUGUCCUUCAUCACACAGGCCCACGCCAACGACCGUACGGUGUUGGUGCACUGUCAUGCAGGACUUAGUCGAAGUGUCGCUGUUGUGAUUGCUUUUUUGAUGAAGACUGACGAACUUACCUUUGAAGAAGCCUAUGAAUAUCUCCAGACUAUCAAACCAAAGGCUAAGAUGAAUGAGGGGUUUGAGUGGCAACUGAAAUUAUAUGAAGCAAUGGGUAAUGAAGUGGAUACGUCUAGUGCAAUUUAUAAGCAAUAUCGUUUACAAAAGGUUACAGAGAAGUAUCCAGAAUUGCAGAAUUUACCACAAGAACUUUUUGCUGUUGACCCAACCACCAUUUCACAAGGAUUGACACAUCAGACUCUCUACAGAUGUAGAAAGUGCAGGCGAUCCUUGUUUCGAAGUUCUAGUAUUUUGGGUCAUGAAGAAGGAAAUGGGCCUGAUGACUUUGUCCACAAGAGAAUGAAGCCACAUUCUGUGUUUCAUUAUUCAUGUACAUCUUACUUUAUUGAGCCUGUACAGUGGAUGGAAUCCACUUUAUUGGGAGUGAUGGUUGGACAGCUUCUUUGUCCAAAAUGCGGUGCCAAGUUGGGUUCCUUCAGCUGGUAUGGUGAACAGUGCUCCUGUGGUAGACGGAUAACACCUGCUUUUCAAAUACAUAAGAAUAGAGUGGAUGAAAUGAAAAUGCUGCCAGUUUUGGGGUCACAAUCAAGAACAAUAUGAACUUGUGAUAUCUGAUAGCCUGGGAAGAAACUUGUUGAUAUGCACCACCCGUGCUUAUUCAUUCAUGGCAGUUUUUAGACCAUCAAGAUUUCACAGGAAAAGUGAGAAGAUAAAAUCACCUGAUGUAACAUGGAAACUGCUUUCUUAGCUUAUUACAUGAUAUAAGUAGAAUACUUUACAUGGCAAACAAAGCCUUUUACUCAUGUAAAUUUUAUUGGAUAUUAAAAUCUUUUAUAACCCUGA